UCGGAGCCGCCGGGAGCUCGGCAGUCUGGCAGACCGGCCCCAAGGCGCAGCGCCUCGCCAGGGGGAGGAGAGGUGGCACGAGGGGCCGAGCAAACCGCUCGCUCCUCCCGAAGAUCUCGCAAAGCAGCCGGGAGAGAAGAAGGGCAGACACCGUGCGGGGGAGCCGCGGGGAAUCCCGGGCUCUUCGCGGAGCGGAGAAACUUACCGACUCGCCUUUCCUCUUGUAGCAGGGAGCUGACAGAUGAGUACCGGCUGCAGGAGCAGCAGAGGCGCCCCCAGGCCCCGCCGGCUAACGCUGCGGUCCAAGAGCCCGGGGCCAUGGUGUCUCCUCUGUGCCCAGGGAUGAGCAGGGGGCAGCAACCUCUGGCUGGCCGUGCAACUGCCCAGGUGCCCGCGCCAGCAGCUCCGGGACGGCGAGCCGCCUCCCUGCGCCAGGAAUAAGUGUCCUGCAGCGGCCCCCGGCUUCUCUCCCACACGCGCCCCCCAGCAUGGCUCUCUCGGCCCGAGUCGCUCUCCGGAUGAUGCAGGGAAAGGGCCAGGCAAUCGGCUGCCCAGCCACCCACUGAAUCGCCCCCGCCUCUCUGAAGAGGGCCUAUGCCCCCCCCGGCGCCGAGCAGCCCCGGAGUUCUCCGCUUGACAGCAUCAAGCAGCCGGAGCGGCUGAGACCUCGCACAGUCACUGCAGAAAUGGUGGUGUACUGAUUAUUGGUGAGAGACAGAUGGAAACUACAAAGGGGGUUGUAUUGUUUCCUUACAUCGAUACAUAACUGACUACUAAAUCAUUCAUCAAGUGGACAGAAGCUUAUUAGUAACAGUAUGCUCCUAAAGGAGACUACAGCUACAGUUUAGAGGACAGGUUUUGAUCUCCUGCCAAUCUAAGUCCAUAUUGAUUACAUUGAUUUCUGUGCAGUUACUCCAGAUUUACAUGGAGGGCAGAAUAUAGAACUAUGAUAGCAACUGGUGGAGUAAUAACAGGGCUGGCAGCCUUAAAGAGGCAAGACUCUGCCAGAUCUCAGCAUCAACUAAAUCUUGCCACAUCACCAACUUCUGAAGAGAAAAAGCCAGUCAGACGCCGGCCCAGGGCUGAUGUAGUAAUUGUCAGGGGCAAAAUCCGACUUUACUCCCCGUCAGGAUUCUUUCUUGUUUUGGGAGUGCUCAUCUCAUUCAUGGGAAUUGCAAUGGCUAUCCUUGGAUACUGGCCACAAAAGGAACAAUUUUUAAGUCCUGAAGCUAGUCUAGCCUUAAAUGAAACCCAGGUCAUAACAAACCAAGGUGGAAUUAUAUUUCGUUUCUUUGAACAACAUUUACACUCAGAUAAGAUGAAAAUGUUGGGCCCCUUUACUAUGGGCAUUGGAAUCUUUAUUUUUAUUUGUGCAAAUGCCAUCCUACAUGAAAAUCGGGACAAGGAAACAAAAAUCAUACAUAUGAGAGACCUAUAUUCCACUGUAAUAGACAUGCACAGUCUGAGAAUCAAGGAACAAAAGCAGUUGAAUGGCGCUUAUACUGGUUUAUUGGGGGAAAGUGAAUUCAAGCAUAGUAGGAACUCAUGUGCAUCGCGGUUGGCUGCAAACACAAUUGCACCUUUCUCUGGCUUCAGGAGUAACUUUCGAAUGGAUAGUUCAGCUGAAGAAGAUGAAGUUGCCAUAAAUGAAGACAAGAACACUUCUAACCUUCUACCACCUUUGCUGACUGAGCAUUCUGGCUCUGUCUUUGGACUCUACCCUCACACUAGCAAAGCAAUGGAUGACAAAAAUAGUAGCUCUAUAAAGUGUGAAACAAGGUCAAUUGUAUCAUCCUCCAUUAGUGCUUUCACACUGCCUGUAAUUAAACUAAAUAACUGUGUUAUUGAUGAACCUAGUAUAGACAAUAUUACUGAAGAUUCUGAGAUCACUAGAAGCCAGUCUAGAAAUUUGUCAAUGGACUCUCUAGCCAUUCCAUUAACUGAUACCAAUGAAUCCUACAAACCUGCCAAUGCAAUGCUACCCCGAAAUAAUUCAUUUGUAGAAUCUCCACCCAGUCAGUUCAAAUCUUCUAUGACUCUUGGACCAAGCACUGGAAAACUUUUAUCACCUGGUGCUGCCAGAAAACAAUUUGGGUCCAACACAUCUUUGCAUCUUCUGUCUGCACAUUCAAAAUCCUUGGAUUUAGAGAGGGGUCCGUCUACACUCACUGUCCAAGCUGAACAAAGAAAACACCCCAGCUGGCCCAGAUUGGAUCGAAGCAACAGUAAAGGAUACAUGAAACUAGAAAACAAAGAGGACCCAAUGGAUAGGUUACUUGUACCACAAGCCACAGUUAAAAAGGACUUUACUAAUAAGGAAAAGCUUCUUAUGAUAUCAAGAUCUCAUAAUAAUUUGAGUUUUGAACAUGAUGAGUUUUUGAGUAACAACCUAAAGCGGGGAACUUCAGAAACAAGAUUUUAAUAUUUAAAUUACAAUUUACAAGACAUCAUACAGUAUUUUUAAAAAUAUUUUGACAAGUGUUUCUUUUUCAGUGAAACUGGCACAAGCCUGUUUUUACCAAAUGCUUAUGGCACAUUCAGAUUGGCUUGGGUGAACAGAGAUCAUCAUCUCUGUAAUGCCAAGAGUUUCAUGUGUUAGUAACAUACAACUGCAAUACUGUAUAUUAUCACCACUCAAAUAUAUGUUCGUGCCACAGGUCCCAUAUUCUCCAAUCUGUUGCUCUUUUGUUUCUAUAUAAGCACAUGACCUUUCAUCACUAAAAGUCAAGAAACCUGCAUCAGAACUGGAGCUCCCAUAAGCUUCUAGUUUGUUUUUUUUUAGUGAUUGCAACAUUCUAACAAUGAUACUUCCAGUCUAGGAUGGAAAGUGAGUAGCAGUAUCUACUGGAAUUGCCAAAUCCAAACACGCAUUCUAGAUAUUUUCUUUUACAUAUGAUACAUCUUGGUAACUGCAAUCCUAGAAUGUCAUUGUGUUUACAUGUUGGGGAGGGAGGGUAGAAGAAAAUUGGGCAGAUUAAAACCAUUUUUGUGAACUCACUGUAAAUGGUCAAGUUGAAUACCAGUGUUGUGAAUUCUAGUUAACUAUGCUUUAUGUGAUAACUUUCUAUAUCCACUAUAAUUUAGUACUGCAAUUCAAGAAAAUCAUAUGUAGAAUAACCAUGGCUUAGAAAUUUGCAGAUUUUUGUGGGAUUAGUUAUCCAAAGUGCAUUAAUUGGCAACAGCUUUACAAAUAAAAUGUACAAAAUUAAUUAAAAAGAUAUGAACAUGAUGAAUAACAGGAUUUUAGAAUUGCUGUACAGUAUGAUAUUGUGACAAAAAUCUAAAGAGAAUAAUUAAAUAUAUUAUAUAUAGUGUUUAUAGUAGCCAAAUCUUAAAUAACAGGAUUGCUAUGAUUGAAAAAAUGGAAACAACAAACUACAAUUCAAUAUUUACACUAAUGUUAAUGCGAAAGCCCAAUUGGCUAAAUUUAAACUUGUAUGUUUUGCAUAAUUAUAGCUGAUGGCUCAGGGGAGCCUUAGCAGUGAUAAAUUGCAUAGAAAGCUUUUGCAAAGGAUUGAUGUUUAAGACUAAAAGGUUUCUCUCAGCAAAGCAAACUUCACAGUUGCAUGUAGGCUAAGAAAGUUAAUACGAAUGACUCUACUAGAAAAUUUUCAUUUAUUCCAUUAAGCCAUUUAGGCCUUGAUCCUGUCAUGACAACCACACUUGAGAACUCCUUCCCCCAUUCACCAAGCAGUAUUGGGGCCUUAACUGGUCAUCUUUAACAGGUGUUUGAUAUUUUCACUUAACCUAAAUACUCAGGAAUUGUUUUUUUUUUUUAAGGCUUUCCCCAAAAAAGAAUCAAAAGUUGGAAUGUUGUUGUACUUCAGUUGAUCAUGAAAGACAGAAAUAUUUCUUUUUUUAAUUUCCAGCUCCAUUACUUGCUCAGUGAAUUGAGGCAUAGUGUUACUUGUUAGAAACUGAAGCCUAUAUAUUGUAACAGAGUUGGCUCAAUAUUUUGCUAUGAAGCUUUUAAUAACUUUCUGGUUCGUGUUCUUAAUACAUUUGCUAUUUUUUGAAAUAAAAUAAAAUGUAUAUCUA